GGAUCUUAUUGGUACAUGGCUAUUGCGUACAAAAGAAGAUGGUAUGGAUACCCCUUGGCCUUCAGAUGAUUGCCCCAUCCCAAGCCUAUCGACAUCUCACUGCUGACUUGCCUUUGCUCCGGCGAGUCCCACUGGGCCUCUGGUUGGAAUUCACUAUCGCAGCACCCGCUCCAUUCCGCGCCCCUUCCCUCUCCCAUGGCUUCCCCCCCGGGCUGGCAAAACUUUCCAGCAUAAACGUCCUCAUCGCCUUGGUCAGUACAUCCUCCACGAGCACCUCCCACAGCUUCUCUUCCUCGAGCCAAGUAGCGUUCUUGACUUGUAACCGCGGCUUCUGUACCUUGACGUCCUGCAGCCUCGCCACAGUAUCCACAAAUUCUGGCUCCAGCAUCUCAAUCCAUAGCUGGUCGACCAGGGUCCCAGAGUACUUAUCUACCAUUGUGUUUUUUUUUUGUGUUGUGAUCUUCAUCGAUGUCGGUGUCGUAUUGCUCCAUUAGGACGUGAGCCAUAGUCUUGACAUGAUCCUGAGUGUCGGCUAGCUUGGCGGACGUGUGGAUAGAUUUGGUAUAGGAAAGGGUGUGUGCCGCGUGUGACCUGUGGAAUACGACGGCAUAGUUCCGUCCAUCGUCAGAGGCUGGAAGGGUGGGCCUUGAACGGAGGAUGUGCGGAUGCCCAGGUUGCCAUGAGAUAUGUU